AGAGGAGGCACUCGGGCGCUGCUCUGCCGCUGGAGUUUGACGCCUUUGCUCUGUGCAUUCGGUGUAAACGUUAAUGAAGGUGUGAGGCUGUCAGAGGGGGAGAGAGAGCCUCUGGACACCGCCUGACGCAGUCCGGCUCCGGCUCCCAUGUGCUGGGGUUUGCUGUCCCCCCCACACGGUGCCGGGCAGCGGGAGGGAGUGAUAUCCCGCCCUCCCCACCCCUCGGUUUGCUGGAGAGCCGCUGGUGUUGGAUCCCCAGAAGCGCCUCUCCAUUCACCGCAGAGAGGAGGACAAAGAGAGAGGAUGAAAAUGCUCCGCUUUCGCAGUGCAAGUGUCAAGUCGUUGAACCAGGAGAUCAGAUGCACCAUCAGACUGCUGGACGACACCGAGCUGCCCUGUGCCAUCCAGAGAGACACGAAGGGUCAGUUCCUCAUUGAUCAUGUCUGUAACCAUUUCAGCUUGUUGGAGAAGGAUUACUUUGGCAUCAGAUAUGUUGACCCAGUGAAACAACGGCAUUGGCUGGAACCCAACAAGUCAGUGGUGAAGCAAAUGAAAUCUCAGCCUCCGUAUACCAUGUGCUUUAGAGUGAAGUUCUACCCAAGCGAACCCAUGAAAGUCAAGGAAGAAAUCACCAGGUUCCUGUUAUACCUUCAGAUUAAAAGGGACAUUUUCCAUGGACGUCUACUUUGCUCUUUGUCUGAUGCUGCUUACUUGGGAGCAUACACUCUACAAGCUGAGCUAGGCGAUUACAAUCCAGAUGAGCAUCCGGUUGGUUACAUCAACGAAAUCAAGGUGUUUCCCAAACAAACUCAGAAACUGGACAGGAAAAUAGGAGAGAUUCACAAAAAUGAACUGAGUGGUCAGACUGCAGCAGUUGCUGAACUGAACCUGCUGCAGAAAGCUCAUACUUUAGAAACCUAUGGAGUGGAUCCGCAUCCAUGCAAGGAUUCCUCAGGAGCAACGGCUUUCAUAGGAUUCACUGCCGCUGGCUUCGUCGUGUUCCAAGGAAAUAAGCGGAUUCAGCUCCUGAAAUGGCCUGAUGUCACCAAACUGAAAUUUGAUGGGAAAACAUUCUAUGUCCAUGGUAUUCAGAAAGAGAAGAAAAUUGUGCUGACAUAUCAUACAUCAACCCCGGCUGCCUGCAAACAUCUCUGGAAGUGUGGUGUGGAAAAUCAAGCCUUUUACAAAUAUGCGAAAUCCAGUCAGAUCAAGACUGUCUCCAGCAGCAACAUCUUUUUUAAAGGCAAGAGGUUUCGUUUCAGUGGAAGAGUUGCCAAAGAAGUCAUUGAGGCAAGUUCCAAUAUUCAGCGCAGCCCUCCCGAAGUCCACAGAUGCACACUAGCACAGAGCCGAAGUUCGUAUUCUUUAUGCAGGCAGCUGAUAACUGAUGUUGAGAAUCUGGAUUCGCAACUCCCUUCCCCCAGCGAUUCUCAAGAACAUUCUGGUGUGGAUGGUGCCAUGACUUUGAGGGACAAUGAUCAGCUCACGUCUGAGUCUGAGAGAGGGUCACAGAGCGAGGUGCAAGAGGCACGUGAGGCCAAACGUGCAAACGAAGAGAGGAGCAGUGAGGAAACCCUGACCAUAUCAGAACUAGUUUACGAUCCAAGCAUCAGCGUCCUACCUACUCCUGUAGAGGAUGGUGGGAUCGACAUGUUUUUUAACCGUCACCCACAGGGCCCUGAGAGAGAGGAAGCGGACUUCUACGAUGAGUUGGAUGUGGACGAAACCGCGUUCCUGAUUGCAGAGGAGGAAGAACUGAAUGAAGUCAGGCAAGUUCUCACCAAAAGCUAUAAGUUAUUGACUGGCAACAACCAGCUGAAUGCUCUGGCAAAGAGCUUUGCCAAACUCCUCCUGGUGGGUUUGGGCUUAAUGCUGUUCGCUGUCCCUCUCCUGUUGGUUCUGCUGGAAUCCGACAUUGAUGCCUCUUUCCUGAGGGAAAUCCGUCAGACACCAGAGUUUGAACAGUUUCACUCCGAAUACUACUGUCCACUCAGACAAUGGAUAACAUGUAAAAUACACUACAUCCUCGACAAACUGACCGGCUCCUGA